AUGGGCAGGGGCUCGCCGGCGGCGGCGGCGGGCGGCAGCGCCGACGAUGACGGCGGCGGCAAGUCGUCGUGGCCGGAGCUGGUCGGGCGCCACGUGGUGGAGGCGGUCGCGGUGAUCAAGUCGCAGAGGCAGGACGUCUUCGUCAAGUUCUUCGGCGCCGGCGACGCCCAGCCGCCGGACUUCGACGCCCACCGCGUCUGCCUCUUCCUCGACGGCGACUUGGCCGUCGUCAGGACGCCCGUCGUCGGCUAG